AUGGAGAUAGGUACUAGAGUAUCAGUUCGUGGAGAUGUCGGAACACUGCGGUUUUUAGGAGAAACCCAAUUUGCCCCGGGAUCAUGGGCAGGCAUUGAAUUGGAUCUUCCAAACGGUAAGAACAAUGGUUCGGUCGGUGGAGUCCAAUACUUCGCUUGUGAGAAUGGGGACCGGGAAAACAAACUAUUCGGUCUUUUUGUGAGACCCGCUACAGUCGAGAUAGUGAGGUCUCAGGCGAGUAAAACUGAUCAAAAUAAGGACUACGGAGCCCUUGUCUCGAAGAAUUUCACAAGAUCUAGUUUGGUUCAGGCGAGAAGCAACAGCCAACUCGGGCCUCGAAGCAUAUCGAGCUCACCUUCACGUUCUAUAUCGCAAAAGGGCCUUAUAAGCUCACCAUCUAGUUCACCCAAAAGAUCCUCUAGAUCUCCAUCCAGAAAUGUCAAUGGCAGUUACGGGGCCCCAGUCAUACUUGGUUCACCUCCAACCCUCCUACCAACUGACUCGUCGGAAAUGGAAUCUGCCUCCAGAAUUCGCUCUGGUGUCCACUUAUUUGGAAGUCCUAUGGCAGAAUCUAGGAGGGAUUCAGUUGUAACGUCUCCAUCCAGGAGUCCAAAUUUUGAAGAUGGUAUACCUUCAAAUCUAUCCAGGCAGCUUGAGACCCUGAAGUCCAAGCUCAAAAUAAUGGAACGGAAGCGACAAGAAGAUAGAGAAAAACUUCAAUUUAUGCAGUCACAGAACAAGUCAGUAGGUAGACUGGAAAAUAUUAUCAAGCGACUUCAACUGAAGUUAACUCCAAUGCACGAAGAGAUUCAAUCUUUACGAUCCCGAUUGUCAGAGGCAGAAGAAGCGACCUCAAAAAUUAAUAGCGAACAGAUUGACGAAGCGCUAGAACUUGCGACUGUUGACAAAGAGAUGGCUGAGGAAAGAAGCGAGAGUAUUGCUAUGGAGUUAUUCGCCCUCAAGAACAAGCUAGAACAGGUGCAGACCGAAUGUGAGAUACUCCGUGAAGAAAACGCUUUGUAUUCUCAGGUGGAUGUUGGCAGUGAUGACUUGCACUCUCUAGAGGAUGGAUCUAGCUUGAAGAGUACUAUUGUAGCGCUUGAAGUGCGGAACGAAAGACUCGAAGAGGCUCUAGUACGCUUGCGAAACUUGAGCCUCACUCAGGAAACAGCAGAUAAGGAGAAGAUAUCAGAUUUGGAAUCGGAGGUGAAGGAACUUUAUAAGCUUCAAACUAGCUAUGAGAGGACCAAUGAAAAACUAGUGCAAGCAGAAAGCGUAAUUCUCGAUCUUAAACAACAAUUAGAUAGUGCGCUGGGAGCAGAGGACAUGAUUGAAAGUUUAACUGAGCAGAAUUUGGAGUUAAGUGAGAAGUGCGAAGAGCUAAAAUCUACCAUUGAUGAAUUAGAGAUCCUAAAAGAGUUAAACGACGAGCUGGAGGCUAACCACUCACAUAGAGAGAAGCAGCUGUUGAGUGAAAUAGAAUCUCUUCAAGCAUUACAUCGCGAAAACAGAGAAAAGCUCAAUGACUUAGAUGUGCGCAAUGGUAAUCUUGAGCUCGCUAUCCUAAAAUAUCGCGAACUGGUGACGAAUUUGAAUCAGGAAGUAUCCGCUCUUAGAUCUGGGAACGAAAUAGGGAGUUCCCAAAAUCUGGAAGAUCGUAAUCGCAAAAUUCAUGACUUGAGCUUGAAAUUAGCUUCAUCAUCAGUCGAGUCAAAAGCAAGAACUUUGGAAUUAGAAUCAUAUAAGUUUGAUGCCCAACAAGCACUGGAACAGAUGGAGAUAAUGAGAUGCUACCUACCGGCAGAGUUGUCUAGCGAUGAGACUGCUAUACAGUCUCUCUUCCUGAUAGAAAAAACUGUAUUCCAAUCUUCAUUGCUUUACUCGUACUUCAGGGAAAAGGUUCUUAACGAUAGAGCGGAGGCGAAAGAAGAUAUUGAUGACGAUUCCUUAGUUGUUACAAGUCUAAAAAUAUGCUUUUAUCUUGUUCAAAUACAAUGGAUGGCAAUGCGCUUAAGUACUACCAUCAGGUACUCAGGUGAGAAGUUUACCUUAUUUUCGGCUGUUUACAGCCAAGUCUCCAGUGUAGAGGCGUCUUUCAAGUCUAAUAUUCAGCGCUUAAAGAAUGGUGAUUUGAGUGACGCUUUGUACAUGAAGACCUUGCGAGGUAUUGCCUUAAAAUUAUCGUCCUUGAGUGAUAGCUAUGAUGAUAAGUAUUUGCCGGACCCAACGUUCUUGACACUCGAUAAGAUCCGCUUGUUACUAGAAUUGCUGGACAUAUCUGUUGAAGGGGACAUGAGACUGCAACUCUCCAAAAUAUUAGACAGCAAGAAAAUUGUAUCUCGCUUAUUUUCGAAUUGGAAGUCAAUACGGAGAGAAAAGCAUAGGACUUUUGGCCUAGAUUCAAGUAGUGUGGAACUCCUAAAUUCAUUACAGGAGAACCUAAAGAAGCUGUUGAAUUUCAUUAUAAGUGUCUAUGCUUUAGAUGAUGGCGAAGAAGAUUUAGUUCUUGCUGAUUUUGAUUCAAAACAUGACUUUGGAGGACAAGCGAAGAAAUGUGUCAAUGCCUUCGAUAGCCCCACGACCAAUGAGGAUUUCAAAGGUUUUAUUACCUCAACCCUUCGAAAGAUAAAAGAGCUAUCCGAUAUUUUCAAUAAAGCAGUUGCGCGAGAGCUCCCCGAUAAUCCAUGGCGAGUAAAGGAAAGGCAAAUAAGUGAGCUUCACUCUAGCCAACAGGCUAUGGACAAGGAACUUGAGGUGCUCAAAUUCGAGUGUCAGGGGUUGGCAACCCUCCUCAAAACGAAGGACCGAACCAUCGAAGAAUUAGAAGUAAAGCUUGGACUUAUAAACUCGAAGCUCUCAAAAUCGAAACAACAGGAUAAACUAGUGGCAGAAUUAAGGAAAUCUUUAUCUGAUUCUAUUUCUCAGAGUCGUUCUUUAAGUGCUGCAUUGAGCGAAUUGAAAAAGACUGUAAAAGAACAGGAGCGGGCUCUUAAACGUUAUCAAAAGGCGGAUAUCACUGGGUUCAAAGAAAAUGAGCUUCUGUCUAUCAUCAAUCUAUCAGCUCUUAGUUUAGAAAGAGAAGUGGUUGGGCUGAGAAGCACAAUUGCAUAUCUUAGUAAGAGUAAAGAUGUCCUGAUGGUCAAUAUGGGUCAAGACGAAGACUAUCUAGAACCACUGUCCGCCCACCCCUCUUGUCAUAAAAGCGAACUGUAUAGCAAGUGCCGACCGUUGUUCAAAGACCUGAGAAGAGCUGCGGGUGAUUUUCAAGUUCUGAGCUUCAAGAUUGGAGAACAUCUUUGGAAGUCUCGUAAGAACAGUUCUGAGGUGAUAUUUCUCUCGCAGCAUCAAAUCCUACAGGAUAUAGACUGGUGUAUUGGUGAUGUAUUAAUGUAA